UCGAUAAAACAAACCACUAGUGCACAAUCAUGUAAUUUGUGAUAAUUUAUUACUUUGUUUGAUUACUACCGUGUGCUUAAAUUACGUGAGUGAUAUUCUGAACAUAGCUAUCCAACCGUGUUACAAGCAGCUGGUCAAGUUGCAAGUUAAGAUAAGAGGAGCAGAUAACUCACCCAGAGGUCAGACAGAGUGGGGGUGCAGGAGGCGGCCGAAUUGACAUUAGCUCCCCCGUACUGUGUUAGAGCAUCAUUCAGACUGGACUGUACUGAAGUUGCGUUUGUGACAGGCGCCUCAGCACCACGCCAAUGGAGGGUAGUAGCACUCGAGGCUUUCUACCAGAUGGUAGUGUCAUUUACCAAGAGGGAGCUUUAGCAGUUGCAGACCUGCAGUUGCUGACAUGCUUAUAAUUAUUCCAUAACAACUACCAGGGUGGUCAGUUUGAGAGUAUAAUGUCAGCUCUCCCAUGUGGAGCCCCACCCCCACCACCACCCCCUCCGAACAUGGCUCCCCUGAAAGGCCUCAGUUUAAAAAACAUAGUUGGAGCAGUAUUGAUGAUAGCACAGGAACCUACUGGUACCAGCCAGGAACAAUUCAGACGAAAACUCAAAGUAAUCAUAGAGAAAGACAUUCCUGAACUGUCCUCCAAAGUCCUGCUAUCAUCCAUCUUCCCUGUCUGUCCAAUAAUGCAAGAUGGGCCAUGCUGUGGAAUUGUUGCUCUUGCAAUGGCCGCCCAGAUGUUGAGCAAAGAAACAACAGCCUCUCAUGUUUUACAGACUAGUCAAAACUUAGGAUUUUCUCUGCAAGGAGAGCUCUUCUCUGCUUACAAUUUGGCUAAGCUGGCAGAGGAAACAUUGAAUUGUACAUCAGAGGUACUUGAUAUGAGGGACUCAGAAUCCAAGGGAAGUCUCCUAAGACAUCUUGCCAACAGCCACCCUGUGCUUGUGCCAUAUGAUGGAGAUGGGAAUAAUGCCCCAUGUUUGAAGAAUGGCCACAAAGCCCACUGGGCUCUUCUGACAGGAUUUCUUGCAUCUUUACCAAAGCCUUUAGGAAUAAACAACAGUCUAGAUAUAACAGAAGACAUUGAACUCUGUCCCUUGUACCAUAUCAAGUCAAAGAAGUCUGUUCCACUCCACGAUCAAAUUGUUGGAUCUCCUGAUGUUUUUGUUUACGGUAUUCAGGGCAAGAGUCGAAAUGUAAGCUUGUGGCCUCUCCAUAAUUUGCUGGCCAGCAAUGCAAACUUAAGGGAGGUGGAUCCAAACAGAGGAGCUGAAACUGGUCAAUACCUCUUACCUCAGGAGGGGAUCCAAAGUGUGUUGUGCAAUAAAAUUGUCAUUUUACAUAGCUGAAAAAAAAUUUUGGAGUUAUUUUGGUGAAUUUUUUUAUUAGCUGUGUUGAUGAGCUUUAAUUAUCACUUUUUUUUUAUUUUCUCCAUGAUAGUCUCAUUUUAUGAACAGAUGCCAAGUUGUGCAAUACUAUGUGACAGCAGACAAAAACCAAUGUAUAUUAACAGUAUUUGUGAUUUUUGUGAGUUUACAUAUGAUUAUAUUUACUUGCUAGUCCCCAUGCUUUUUGGUUAUGAAUAUUUUGGAAAGUUUUACAAUAUUAAAUAAAUGUGUAUGAACACAU